GUUUGAUACAGUUAAUGUAACUCGAGUAAAAUUGUUUAACCUUUUGAAAGCAGUGAUCGUAUGAGAGACAAAAGGGGGAAAAAUGAAGAAAACUACAAGGACUCGUUAUCGAUUAUCUUAGUAAAUAAUGAUAAUUAAUCUAGCGAACAAUUACGUAAAUUGUCAUUUCUAAUAACGGCAUAAUGAUAGCACCUAAUAUGCUAUAUACAGUGAUAUUAAUUUUUUUUAUGUAUUUACAUUUUCCUCGUACCUAUUCGCUUUGAUGAAUUGUGCAUUAUCUCUCGGAUGAUUAUCUAUGAUUGUUGCGAUCGAUUGCAUUGAAUAAUUUUUUUACUGUUACGUAAAGGAUGUUUUAUGUUUCACAACGAUUCUAAUAACGUCGGUCGUUCACACUUUUAUAUUGUGAUUAUGCUCAAUUUCUGAAAUUAUUAAUAUGCCUGGAACUUUUGAGUAUCUAUCAAGCAAACGGAUAAUAUAUUAUAUAAUGGCUAUUCGCAGUGCGAAAAAUUGUUUUUGUACACGUUGGAUGUUGGCGACGAGUAAUUGAAGCAUAUUUAAAAGAAGCUCAAAGUAUUCACAUAUGUUGCCUGCCUAAAUAUAUUGUUUGCUACUACAAAAGCGCUCACGUUAAUUUAAGUCAAAUUAACUAUUGUUGUGGUCGUGGAGUACGUGAAUUGUAGUACAUUCUUCUUUUGUGUUAAUUGGAUAGGGAUAUUUCUUUACAGCGUUAGAUUUAUGGGAAGCGUUGCAACACUGGAGAUAUGCUUUGUAGAUUUCGUUGCGAAUAGUACGAGUAUUCUUAACGUAUUUUUGUGCAUCUGUUAGAAAUAUCCAGCCAUGCUCAUAAUACUGGCAGUGAGUUUUUAAACAUGUUCUAGAUCAGUUGUUAUUGCACUAUAUGGACAUUUUCAAUGGUCAAUGAUUAGCUGUUUUGAGAUAUUUUUAUAAACAUAUUGUGAAAUAGAAAUUGGAUGGCCAUAUGAUUUUAUAUAAUUUGUAUUGAUAUUUCAGAUGGGACAAGUAUUAUCGUAGACAUUCAAUUCUGCGUAAUUAACAGAUUUGACAGCUUAAUAAAUCUCUGAAUUUGUUCGCAAAGUAAAUGGCUUCUGUUUCACACUAAUCGAUGUAGAUGGUGCCAGAGGUUGGUUACUUGCAAACGAUAGAUUCCUUCUAUACCGACGGGGAUGCUUAAAUGCUGCACGUGAAAUACUGUCAAAUUGCAUUUUGUUUCGUAUACUAAUUGUACAAUAAUAUACAUUUGUCGAUGAGGUUCUGACAGAUGAUUAUGAGUAUGUUUAAAUUUGGUUUCUCUAAAGAUGACUCCGCCGAAGAGAAGGAAGAUGACAGUAAUAAUACUUCACUCGAGUGGUUCCCGUCAUGUAAAAUCGAAAUAUCCUCAGAACAAUUGCAAGCGGAAUAUGAACCCGAGGAUAUUAUGGAAAAUAAUUUUUUCAACAAUAUUCCAUUAAAACUAGUGCACACAGACAAGGUCAUGAUUGACUUAAAAAAUGAGAGGUGUGAAAAUAUUAUCGAGGCUGAAUCUCAACAUUCCGAUUUGGUUCCAGCCAAAUAUGAAGGUGGUUUAAAAAUUUGGGAAUGCAGCUAUGACUUGGGUGAAUUUUUGCUAAAAGAGAAAAUUCGUCUCAAAGAUAAAACUGUUCUCGAUUUAGGUUGCGGUGCCGGUAUAAUCGGGUUGAUCGCGUUACACGAAGGAUCUACCGUCCACUUUCAGGAUUACAAUACGGAAGUGCUCAAAGCGGUCACGAUACCAAACGUUAUCUUGAAUCUAACCGAUCGAAAUUCCAUUCGAAAUCGCUGUGAAUUUUAUUGCGGUGACUGGAAGUCAUUUGCCGAAUUGUCGUCGAAUAAAUACGAUUCCGAAGAUAAAAAAUAUGAUUUCAUUUUUACCAGCGAGACCAUCUACAAUCCUGAUAAUCAAAAGAAGCUCUAUGAGGUUUUCAAGAAACAGUUGAAGAAAGAUGGAGUUGGAUAUGUGGCUGCAAAGAUGUAUUACUUUGGAGUAGGAGGCAGUAUAGGACAGUUCGAAAACAUUGUGAAAAACGACGGUAUAUUCAAUUCAAUUAUUGUUUGGAAAAGUAAAGAAGGCGUACAGCGUGCAAUAUUAAAGCUAACGCGGAAAGACACAACCUGAAUCCACUGUUUCAGCCUGCAAUUUUUAUCUAUUACCUAGAACCUUAUUAUUCUCCGAUGCAAAAUAUACAGAAAUAUACUAUCGACUCCUGCGUAAA